GGCCAAAAAUUCUCGUCUCCUCAAAAAUUUUUGUCGACAUAGUUUUUAUUUUUCUUCUCUCCCAACUACGAAACCCUAGACGGCGAUCUCAUCUCCGUUCUUCUCUCCCAACUACGAAAGGCGAAACGGCGAUCUCAUCUCCGGUGUCUCCUCGUCGAAGCCCAGUGAUUCCUCUGUCUCAUCGGCGUUCUCUCUGUCUACUCUGUCUCCGUCAAUUUCGCCGUCUUCUCGUCUCCUCUGUCUCGGGUGGCUCGCAAAUCUCAUCUCCGGUUAACAAAGGCAAAGGACAUAGCGGCAAAGGUGAUGGCUUUUUCGGAUCAAGGGCCAAGAACAAUAUGUAUUCUCUCUGCAAGUGGUGCAGUUUGUAGAGUGACGCUUCGUCAAGCUUCUCAUUCUGGUGGAACUGUUUCUUAUGAGGGACGAUUUGAGAUCGUUACUCUCUCAGGCUCGUUCUUGAAUUAUGAGGUAAAUGGUUCCAUGAACAGAAGUGGUAGCUUGAGUGUCUCUUUGGCUGGACCUGAUGGCAGUGGUAGCUUGGAUGGCCGGAUUGUAGGUGGCAGUGUUGUUGGUUCACUUGUAGCUGCAACACAAGUCCAGGUUGUAGUGGGAAGCUUUGUUGCGGAAGCAAAGAAACCUAAACAAAGUAGCGUUAACAAGCCUCUAUUUGAGUUGAUGCAUUGUUGGAAACCCUAAAGAUGAGUAAAGGACUGAGUUCGAAUCCAUCAUUUGGGAUUGGAAGGUGAAGCCAAAUGUGUUGAGGAUCUCUUGUUUUUUCUUGAGCUACCUCCGACAGGUACGUUACGGAGAGAGCCACCUUCGGUCCAAUACCUUCGACAACCUUUGUAGAAGUAUCUUGGUUGCGUGAGACUGUAGUUGUUGUAAUAACAGAACUUUGUAUUAGUUGAGUUGCAUCUUGGACAGUUUACUUUCUCUUGAACUUUUUCUUGUGGCCUCGUCUUCGUAUCAUCUCUAUCAGGGAAUCAGUAAAUAGACAAGCACAUCACAAA